AGCAGUUCGGCGGACAGUUCCAUGGUGCUGAAAGUAACUCCAGCGUUUCGGGGCGCCGCGUCUGUUGGGAACUUUGCCCCGGCCAUGUUCGCAGGGGUGCGGUGCAGCCUCGUGUUGGCCUCGUUCUUCUUUUUGAGAGGAUGCGCCCAGAAUUUCGGGCAGACCCGGUUUAUCUGCACCUCGGUGCCGUUGGAUACGGACAUGUGCACUUCUUCUAUGCAGAGCGGCGGCAGCACGGAAGACCUGAAGACCACCGUGCUACAGCUCCGGGAAACGGUGCUUCAGCAAAAGGAGACCAUCAUGAACCAAAAGGAAACCAUCAGGGAACUAACCACGAAGCUGGGCAGGUGUGAGAGCCAGAGCUCGCUGGACACGGUUCCCAGUGAAUCCAAAACGGGCGGGGGCUCCAGCAGGAAGCAGACCGGCUCUUCGAAAAACACCAUGGGGGAUCUGUCCCGGACUCCGGCUGCCGAGACCUUGACCCAACUUGGGCAAACUUUGCAGUCGCUUAAAACAAGACUAGAAACCUUGGAGGUACAACUUUCUCCUUUCUGUUUUUCCUUAGAACUAGAAAAGGAGACACGUCAUACGUGGCUUUGGGAUGGCCGGCCCCUGCCGUCUUCGGUGUUGAUUUAAUGCUGCACCCUUUGCCCUGUUCCCGAGGUAAAAUGUCUGCAGCAAAAUGUGAAGUAUUCUCUGCCACUUCCCCACCCCCCACCCCGCUCCACUCUCAUACAGUAGGGUUCUGUGGCAAUUUGGGCGCUUCCCUUUGAGAAAUCGGUGCUCCUUUGCUUGGAAAGCUGCCCGUGAGUUUAGCUGCCAGGGUAGCAAACAUCAGGAUGAGCCUGUGGUAAAUAAUGCUGUGGUGUUAAUUUGGUUUGCAACAAUCCACUUACUCUCUUUGCUUCUCCCCCACCCCGUGCAGCAAUUCAGUAGGAUGAAUUCUUCCAGCCAGACCAAUUCCCUGAAGGAGAUACUCCAGAAUAACAUCGAUGACUUAGAGAAGCAAGUCCUGUCCCGAAUUAACAGCCUGGAAGAAGGCAAGUACAACCCCAAGAACGAGACUGAAGAAAGAGGAAAAAUAGAAAGCACUUUAACUUCCCUUCACCAAAGGAUCAGUGACCUAGAGAAAGGUAAAAAGAAGCUGAGAAAAGCUUAGAUUUAAAUGAUCAGCAUUUUGUUCCAUUACACAUUUGGAGGCAGCCUGAGAAAAACAGCUCACCUUCGCCCCCCCCCUUACAAAGCAGUUCUCCCCCCCCCCCAUCUGUUUAAAAGAGAUGAAGAAAUGAUUACUUUUCAUUUAAAUUAUGAGCAAAUGCAACUCUGAUCCUCCCUGGAAUUCAUGGACAAAAGUGAGUGUGUCUCUGUGAUUCUGUGUUUAUGUGUAAUGGGGAAGGACAGUAAAUAGGUAAUAUCUCGUUCUUCCAAAGUGAUAUUGGUAAAGUAGGAAAGAACUACCUAAUCUGUGUUAGCAAAGUAUCUUUGACUCGGCACACCUAUGUAGAAAAAAUGCACCUUCAACUUGCUAAUAUAAUUCAUUCGUCUAUAUGCAUUGGGGUCUACCCUCCAAGUGACCUAGGACAAGCUGUUUAACAUUUUCUCCCUCCUCUAAGCAAUUUGUGCAUCUUAAACUUCAACAGAACCAGUAGUUGUGUCCAGACAAAUACUCUGCUCCUUUCCUUUUUUUGUGUUCAUUAGCGCUUUUUAGCUUUGUGGUAAAAAAUAAAUAAGGGGGGGUGGGAGAGAAAAGGAGAGAAAAGACCCUAUUCCCCAAGCGCUGUCCAUGUGACUAGGAUUAGAGUGCCGAAAUGUGCUGGAGGGAUUUAAACAGUGCCAUCUUAAGGCUCAUUAUAUAAUGAAGAGAGAGAGACAGACAGAUAGACAGACAGACAGACAGACAGACAGACAGACAAUUCUAUGCAAAAUUCCACUGAAGGAGGCUCAAGACCUUCCUGUACAUUUUAGAAUUACAUCUAUGCUAUUAUUCAAAUAGGAGCACCCUAUUUCAUGUGCAAUCCUAUUGCACAACACAAUCCUAUGCAUGUCUACUCAGAAGUAAGCCCCACUGAGUUCAAUGGAACUUACUCCCAGGUAAGUGCAUAUGAUUGCAGCCUCAGUACCCUUCAAGACCUCUGACAAACACCCUCUCUAUCUUCCCUCAGGCCAGAAAGACAAUCGGCCAACAGAUAAGUUUCAGCUGACUUUCCCCUUGAGAACCAACUAUAUGUAUGCCAAGGUGAAGAAAAGCCUGCCAGAGAUGUACGCCUUUACUAUUUGCAUGUGGAUAAAAUCGAAUGCCUCCCCAGGUGUGGGCACACCCUUCUCUUAUGCAGUACCUGGGCAAGCCAAUGAGCUAGUGCUUAUUGAGUGGGGCAAUAAUCCCAUGGAGAUCCUUAUCAAUGAUAAGGUAAGUGACCAGUGUUCUAAUCCUUUAAUUGCCAUGGCAUGAUCUGAAGGGUAAGGAGGGGAGAAAUGUAUUAAUUAUUAAAACAAGUGGCAACAAAACCAGCAUUUAACAUAAUGGCUAAAUAAUGAAAACUCUGCACCCUUUCUGCAAACACCUUGUAGCAUCUUUUGCACAUGGUGAGUAUGUAUUUACAAACCACUGGUGCUGGUUGAUACUGCAGCCAGCAGUAUUGGAAUUCAGCAGCUUUGCUUUCAAAGUGAAAACAAAGGAAGUGAGUUAAAGCCCCCCCAGGCUCCAACCCCCUUUUCUGGAGCAACUUAAAUAAAGACACCCAGGGAUAUCUGAAAAAAAAGGAAAAGAAUUGGAGGAGCUUAUAUUUAGCUUGCCCUCCAGAGAAAUAAGUGAUUUUUUAGAAGCCCCAGUUCCCCAAUCCCUUCUCCAAAAUUUAAGGUCAUUAUAUAGCACUGUGUAUGUUACCAGGCAGACAUUCAAUAUUUUUAUUCUUGUGGCCCAAAAUGAAAUACAAAUGCCAUUAAAGAACAACCUUUAUAUAUGCACAGUAUUAUUAUUAUUAUUAGUUUAAAACCCUAGCUUGUGUGACAGCACCUUCACAUUUUGACACGUGUGAUCAUUCCUUUUGUGUUACAUUUUUCAAUGGGCAUACCAUCCCAAGAUAUAUUCCAGCACAAAGAGAUAUCUUUUUUUGAGGUUUUCGGAGGGAAAGAAAAUGAAGAACCCAACAAAAAUGCCCUAGUGUUUUCCAAAAGAUAAAAUAAUAGCAAUGUCAUUUUAGAAUCCUACUAAUUCAAGUUAGGGUCAGAAAACCUGAUCCUGUGUCCUUGAAGUUAAAAUAAACAUUGUCAUUAUCUCCACUUACUGGAGUUUUAAGAAUAUAGAAUGUUUGCCACCCGAUCAAAUUUUCAUCUCUCUAUCAAUGGGAUAGAGAAUCAGAAGGUUCUGUGGUUCAUGGGAAAAUCGAAUGUUUCUCUAGUAUUACAUAACAGGGCAGGUUCAGGAAGACCACCAGCUUGGUGAAGUCUCUAGUACUGUACAGUUCAUACUUUUGCUGUUAUAGGGCAUGCCUGACUGCAGCAAUCGCCCUCUUCUCUCACCAGGUAGCAAAGCUUCCUUUUGUCAUUAACGAUGGGAAAUGGCACCAUAUCUGCAUCACAUGGACAACCCGGGAUGGUGUCUGGGAGGCUUAUCAAGAUGGCACACAACGAGGCAAUGGGGAAAACCUGGCCCCUUAUCAUCCUAUCAAGCCACAAGGGGUCCUUGUUUUGGGACAGGAACAGGUAAGGUAGCAUGGUGGCAGCGGAGGAGGAAGGGGUGGCUACUGGAAUUUAUCCAUGGUCUGUACAAGGUUUGCAGCAAUUUGAUUAGAAAGACGGGUAGAGAAGGUGCUUAAGCAUUAUAGUUAAAACCUGCAGAUUGUGCUGCUCUGGAUUAGCAGACCUAGAUAUUCCUUGGAACACAGGAAGCAGCCAGAGUCAGACCAUUGGGUCCAUCUGACUCUUGAUUUUCAGCACUGGCUGGAAACUGCUCUGCAGGGUUUUGAGCAGGGAUCUCUCCCAGCCAUACCAGGAAAUGCUGGGGACUGCAGCUUCACAUGCUACAUAGUAGAAUCCACCUUGUAUUCCAGAUGCCUGUUCAGCAGGUCUUAUCAUGCAUAUGCCGGGGUCUCCAGUGCCAAUGUAGCAUGGUUAUGUCAACCUGCCAUACUGGUGUUCCAUACCUUCUGAACCUACAGCAUAAGGUUUACUGCAGCGAUAGUUUCAUAGGUUGCCUGUCAGAGUCAGCAUUUAGUACAUUUGUUAGAUGAAUUGUUAGAUGAAUGCAAAGUGGUUCCGCCACGGGCAGUACAGGAAAUUUGCCCCUUAAAAACAACAACUGUGGCAAAAUUUGAUGAAGUUUUUUAGGCAUCAGAUAAGAACAGAAGGAGAUUAAAGAGAGGGAGGGAGGAGACCAAAUGGUAUGGGGGUGGUGGUGAGAGAGUUCUAAAAUGAGUAGGAGACACAGAAAAUCACCAAUCUGUUCCCUUUAGUCAUGCACAUUAAAGAACAAUUGAACCAUGGGUAGCCAACAUGGUGUCCCCACACAUAUUGCUGGAUUUCAGUGCCCAUAAUCCCUGACCAUUGGUCAUGCUGGCUGGAGCUGAUGGGAAUUGGAGUUUAGCAACAUUUGGAGUGCACCACAUUAGCUACCCCGUGAACUACACACGUUUGCAUACACAACCACUCAUAAUUGUUUGCAUACACAACCACUAGAUUGACGUUCCCAUGGAACAAGUGGGAUCUUCAGGGCACAUAAUAAUUUUGACAGUGGUAGAGACAACAGUGCUGCCUAACAUCUACACCUGCACAUGGAUACACACACACACACACACACACACACACACACACACAAAUUAUAAUUCAAAUUUUACAGGGUGAUAUGCAAGUCCUGGAAAGGGUCCUGUCCUCGUUGCUUCUAUGUCUAAAGCUAACCAACUAUUUCACACUGAAUUACACACCACAGGGCAUCUAAAUUUCCUUCCUGCAUUUCUCAUAAAAACAAGCAGUUAUUUUCCCCAUCACUUAUCGCACAAGUGACAUAGAUCAACUCUGCCUGCCAGUUACACAACAUGCUCACUCAGAUACAUUGCCAUAGUCAGAAAGCGAAAGUCAUGGUAUCCAAUUAUUCUGGUGCAGGCUUUCAGUUUUUAAAAAAUAUUUUCACAUCCAAAAAAGUGUCAAGAUGGAGGAUCAUAGCAAAUCACCACGGCCCAUUUCUUUAAACGCCACUUGUCUUCUUCCUCUCUCAAAACAACAUGUGAGGCCUUUGUUUACAUGUGCAUACAAAUUUACAUUAAAAAAUAAAUAAAUCUGUACUGCCAUUCAAAAUUCUCAGAGUGCCUUACACCACAGAAUGAAAGGAGAAUAGAAACACUGCAAAAUUUAACACUACUAAUUAGAGACAGAGUUAUCCAGUACUGUAAAGGUAAAACUAGAAGGUCUUUUCCUAGCACCUAGAAGAUAGCAGAGCAGGCUGCAGGCAAGUCUCCUCAGGGAACAACUUCCAUCUCCAUCCUUCUCCCUUCCAGGCAUACUGGCACUGCUGGAACCAGGGGCCUAAGUUUCUAUUUUUGGAAGUUCCAUCCAUGGAAGAUGCACUUAAAAGGUUGCACGUCGCAUCCUCCUUAUUGAACUUCUCUGUUGCAGUUUAUUCCUGCUGACCUUUGCAUGCUGCCACGAAAGCUUUCUGGCUCAUUUCAAGUGUUUACUCUGUCAAGACUGUAGGAUUCCCAGUGUUGACUUACCUCUUGGGUCUUCUUUUUUUUUAAUAUAAAAUUUUACAAUGUGCAUGCCAUCCUAAUAUAUAUUCCAGCACAAAGAGUUAUCCUUCUUGGGGUUUUCAGGGAAAAAGAAAAUGAAGAACCCAACAAAAAUGCCCUGGAGUUUUCCAAAAUGUAAAAUAAUAGAGAUGCCAUUUUAGAAUCCUACUAAUUCAAGUUAGGGUCAGAAAACUAACUUUUAGAUAAGGAUAUAUAUUGCGUAUUUCCAGGGUGAGAUGUUUUCAAAACUUUUAUCUUCAAUUUCUCUCUUCAAGGACACACUUGGAGGUGGAUUUGAUGCCACCCAGGCAUUUGUGGGAGAACUAGCCCACUUCAACAUCUGGGAUCGGAAGCUCACCCCAGGGGAGAUCUACAACCUGGCCACGUGCAGCACCAAAGCCCUGUCUGGUAGUGUCAUAGCCUGGUCCGAGACCAACAUUGAUAUUUAUGGUGGAGCCACCAAAUGGACAUUUGAAGCCUGCCGUCAGAUCAACUAAAAAAUGCUGCUCUUCCCCACCCUUCCCAUUCCAAAUCCAUUUAACCCUUGGUUAACAGACAUUCUCCUCACCCAGGAAUGAAUUAUGGACAAAUCUAUUUCCUUUCUCUCUUCUGUCUUUCUUUUAAAAAUUAUCUUCUUUAUUUGUUCUAAAGAAUCAAUCAUAUUUUUUUUUUAAUCUAGGAGACUUGGAGUUUUUCAGUCAACUCUAAGGCAACCUGGGACUUUGCAACCUUACAAUUUUGAAGAGAGGGUUCAUUGUCCCCCACCCCACCCUCUCUCACUCUUUUGUCCCUUUCUCCUUUGGAUCGAGACUUUAUUAUCUUUUUUCCAUUUUGCUUUAUGAAGUCUCGUCAUGAAUGGUCUGAUUUUUCUGGCUUGCCAACUUUGUUUCAAUGCCUGAGUGCCUUUGGGCUGGUGCGACUCUUUCAGCACAUUUGUCUUCAUUUGCAUAUACUUUUUAAAGGAUAUCUCUAUAUUCCUACUCUACUCUAUGUCUUUUAAGCAGCCAGUCACCUGUGGGCAGAUAUUUAUUUUUUAUUACGAAUUAUUCUCUGAGUGAUAGGAGGAUAAACGCUUUUUGAGAGACGCAUGAUGGUGGCUUGACUAGGAGAUUUGAGGGGUGGUGGUGGGGGGUAGGACUGUUCUCUGAAAUUCUUCAGGUCUCUCAUUGCUCCCCCACCAAUUGUGUAAACCUCUGGCUAUGGCCGGAGCAAACAGAGCCAUCUUUGCCCCCCAAGGGUACAUGUGAGACUCAGGAGCAUUGCCAGCUCAAGGAUCCUAGACGACUUGUCCAGAUCCUUGGUCUUUUGUAGGAGCAGCUGGUUCCUACCUAUUUUAAUGGAGCUGCAGAGCAGCUCCCUUCCCUUGUCUGCCUUCAUUUUGCUGUACAGCCUAAAGGAUCUGCCUCUGUUAGCCAUCACAAAGCCUAUGCGUAGUCCAGAAAACCUUCCUUCCACAGGCAUUGAUUACUGCUUCUCCCAAAUCUCUGUGACCCAAAGAUGGCAGAAAAUCACCCGGUCCAUCCCCUUACCUCUCCCUUCCUGGUUCCACAGCAGGCUCCUACUUGCCUUCCCCUCCAAAGGUAAUGCACCCUGGGCCUUUCCCAAGAAUACUUGGCUUGAAGAUGGGACUAUUUUCUUAUGACUUUAUGAGGCAUUCCCAAACCCUUACCAAUGCUCCUUUACUCUCACUAAGAGCCAUAAACCUGAAGGGCUGGGGUAGGGGGGAGUUUUAGUGGUAGUCGGAUGCAAAGCAUGUGGUUGCAGUCCGAUUUCCAUGGCCAUACUGCUGAGCUGAGAUUUUUGCCUUUUAAAUACAAAUUGGGUUCACUGCAGGUGGCAGGAUGUAUAGCGCAAGGAGCCUUGCCUGCCCUGUGCUUAUUGGACCCAAUGAGAUUUGAGGUAUACUUCACUUUCAUAAAGGUUCAUAGCUCUUCCUUUGUGAAAGGAAUAAGGAACUGCUUGAGAGAGGUUUUAAGCAAAUGUGUCAAGAAACUGAAUAAAGGGCAAAUCCUGGUUUUGCUCCAAAGCCCCAGGGAAUUAAGAAGAGGCUGUGACCUCUCCAUGCAUCUGUUUUGCCCAAUAACCAGAAACAGAGCCUGCACUAUGUUUUGUUUUUUUUAAAAAAAGAACAGCACAAGGGAUACCUAACAGACUGUAUGUCGAGCCUUCAGAUAAACCUCUGCAAAAAGGCAAAAUGUGCGUUUCUUAUCGUGCUAUAGACGGAGCUGUUUGCAUCCUGAAGGGCACCAACUAUUUUAGGAGGCUGGGAAGGUGUAGCAGUUGGCCUUUCUUGCAAGGAUUGUGUUUUGGUUAGAUAAGAGUGCCUAUUUUACCACCUUUAGUGACAAUGGGUUGCAUAGUGCUCUUUAUAGAUUCCGUCCUAGUUUAUGGUACCCUUAGAUUUCCUGCAGGCUUAUAGGGAAGGCAAGGGGUGUACUGUCGUUUCUUGCAUGUUUUCAGUAGGUGCCUCAAUCGUGUUUUACCUGGUCUAAUGCUUGCCUGCUUGCAUGGGCUAAUGCAGAGCUGUGGGGGGUUUGCUGAGUGAUAGUUCAUGCUUUAAAAACAAUUCAAAAACUAAAGUCAUCCAAGCACGAUAGUAUAGGUCAGGCAUGGCUGGAAAAAGGUGGCUAAUGAUACAGCAUUCUUCCCCAUGAUAAACAGCACUACACGUUUUUGUAUUAAAAAAGAGAAGAAGAGCCACCAGUUAAAAUAUUGGUAACUUUAAAAGAAAUCAAUCCAUGGGAACUGCUCCACUCAGCUUUGUCUUUUCCUAUAAGUCCUGGAGAAGCCAGAGCUCUUAAUCCAGUAGUUGUGCUGUCCUAAAAAAGCAGCUAUAGGAGCUGUUCUUUAAGCAUUUCUGCGGUGCAACGUACACUGUGCUGCUGAAUCAGUCCUGUUGAUGUUUACCAACCUGGAUGUACUUGGAGCUGUCCCUUCAGCACCACCAUGGGUGGGUAUUUUCCAUGCCAGACCCCCUGGGAGCUGUCCGUUCAGCACCAAGGCUUCUCUAGCGAGCACAGAAUAAAUAGCUGAUCCAGCCAAACUCAAGCCUACUGCUUAAUACGAUUGAUGUCCCCUCUUGCACUGAAUAAUACAUGCCUCUCUCAGGUAAUGCCCUUUUAUAAAAACAUACAUACAAGUAAAGAGCACUGCACAGGCAGUGCAUGUGUUUGCCUAAAGACUGUCUGACAGUUCCCAAAGGCCUCCUUCUAAAGGAGGUGUUUUCACUGGCCAUUUACACAGGUGUAGUUCCACUGACGAAUAUAAGGUCACACCAGUUUAGGUAAUCAGCAAAGCAUUCUCCAGCAAGUGUUCCUAAACAUGGGUAACUUAAAGUCCUAUUCACUUCCCUAGGACUUAACUUACAAUCAGUGUAUAGAAAUCACAGCUCAAAUGUGAUAUUAGUUGAAUCAGCAUUUUCUCUCCCUUGAAGGGUUAGCUACUCUUUGAAAUGUCAAGCCUUUCUGCUUUUGUAAAACAAAAUACACACAAAUUAUUUCUCUUGUUGUAAAAGGAGUUUACUACCAAGAAAGGUAUUUUUAUUAGAAAAGAAUAUAUGUAGAAAAACAGGUAUUCCCUGAAAAAAAUACUUUUGAGCUACAGAUGAAGGAUAAAAGGAUGAUAAAGCUUAUUUUGAGAUAAAUAAUAUUUUAUAUGGUUUCUUUUUUUAAGAAAAAGAAUUUCUGGUUUGUACUAAUAGUCUGCAGCCAUCACCCCUUUAAAUGACCUCGCCCUCUCUCAUCCUGGUCAAGGAGUUUUUCUUGGCUGUGAGUGAAAAGGGUGAAGGAUAGAAUUUGUGAGGCUCACUGAGCCAUUUUGACCAACCCUAAAGCUGUGGCAAAUGAAUAUGCAGCAUGGAUGGGCAUGUAAUAAGCAGUUCAAGGUCGAUGUUGCACUAUUGAAAGGUUGCUGCUCAUCAGAUAUUGAAGUGGGUCAUGUGACCACCCUAUGAAAUCACAAUGCUAAAGCACUAGGAGAGGGGGUUGGAAAUCUAUCUAAACAUAAUCACCACAAACCCAGCCUAGUUAUCUUACUUUUAAAUCUUGGCUCAGGGCAGCAUAUUUUAAGCAGUGCUCUUUAAAAGCAAAACCAACCAAUCCCAACAAAAUUCUACCUUGUAAGAUCGAUCUGCUAACGACCCUUAUUGGAAACCUUCUUGUAACUAAUAAUGAAUGUUAAGUGUAAACUGAUGAAGGGGGAAAAACAUGUCAAGGUAAAUAAAUCCAGUCCAAAUUGCGCAGGAUUUGCCAAAAUAAAAAAAAUAAAAAGGGUGAUAGUGAUAAAAUUGUAUAUACUGUACAGCGUGAAAGAGGAUAAAUGUUUCUUGAGUUGUCAUUCUGUUAACCAAAGCUGUAUAUUUUUCCUAUUUCUUGCUAUCAGUCUUUACUGGGUUUUGAAUGAGUUGAUGUUAUAUCUUACAUCCACAGUCCACAUCAGCAAUUCUUAAAAUGCACUGUUUCUACUGGUUCUUCAUGCUGUUUUUUCCCUUUCCUUUUUUCAUUUUAUUGCUUAAACUACAUGAAUUGUUGAAUUUAUUUUUACACAAUAAAGAGUGAUGAA